AACGGCGCACACAAUAACGGUAUCGUUACUCUGAAAUCAGGUGAUGAUGCUCCACACACCCAAGAGGUUAAAUCACUUCAAGAAGUGCUCUUCGCUUGCUUGCAUCUAUAACAUAUGUUCAGAGGCAGCGGGUGGUGAUAAUAUGAAUGAAUAUGAUAACAAAGCUCGUUCUUGUGAUUCACUGUUCCCAACCACAGCCAGUAAUGAUAACAAGAACAGAAGUUACAAAUGUAUUGGGAGAGACGGUGAUAAUUCUCAGUUAAAAUAUGGUACGCCAGAACUACGAACAAAAUCUUGUCCGACAUAUGAUCAACUGCCAGUAACUUCAAGGUCUUCUGCUCGUUUGAAGUCCAAAAGCCCGUCACACGAAUGUCUUGAGGACAAAAGUUCGCCUAAUUCCUUGAACGAUUGUGAGGGUAGUGACUGUGAAGAUAUAGCUUUCAAAUCACUUUCAAGUCAGAUAACAUCGGAAAGUUCAGAUGAUGAAAGCUAUCAAGAUGAACAAUCAGGAGAUGAAAACCUUCCUGGUGCUCGAAGACGUCAUAACCGGUUCGCAAUUGCAGACUGUUCAGAUGACUGCUCAGAACGGAGCGUAAAUCUUAUGCACUCAGUCAGUGAUCUCAACAGCUAUUCCAGUGAUACCGAUCAAAGCGAUGAUAACAAUAAGUGUCCUGAAGAGGCGGUUGAUGGUAUCAUGGAUGGCGUGAGCCAACUUCAAUUAAUUGUACGAGAAAAUGGUCCAUCGCCAAAAAGUAAUACUGCUGUGAGUGUAAAUUCAUCAGUUGUUGAAGCUGAUAAAGAUAAAGCUAGUCCUGCAUUCAUACCACGUGCUGGACGUUAUUAUAUGCAUGACCACCGUAUCUCGAAUGAGGAUGUUGAUGUAGUUAGAAAGCGUCAAACUGACCAUCGUUGGCAACAUGACAAGUUUAACUAUCGUGCCCAGUGUCCGUUAUCUACAAAGGAAAUUGUAUGGAAAUAUGGGUACAAUAUUCGAGAAGAAACAGGCCCUUCAAAACCAAUUAAAAUUGAAGCUGUUGGCAGCGAGCCCUCUAAAUCUACAAGCAACAUCCCAGUUAAUUCUGAUAAAAAUUGCAAUGCUGAGCGUCUUUUGAGCAGUCAGACUUGCGGCAAACAAAACGGAAAUAAGCCUGAUACCGGUCCUCAUUGCGAUAAGGUAACAGUCGCUCGCGAUAAACGUGUCAAGUUUUCCAACCUUAGGGAUAGCAGAAAUCGUCGAUUUGCAAGAAGUUCUUAUUAUCGAGGGGACGCUGUGCGCCAACAGAAAGGUAUGAAUAUGGGGAUUCCUCAAAAUCUGAUAUCUAGGUCCAAACCGGUCCUUUCAGCAAAUCAUGCAGUGUCCAAAUCUAUUGUAUUUUCUGAUCCUCCCGCUCAAGACAAAAAUACAAAACGAAUUCAAUCACAACCCCCAAAAAGUUCAGAAAAUCAAACAUCACGAAGCAACUCUCUCCAGGAUUCAAGUAUCCCAUACUCUAGUCGUCCGUGUAACUCGAAUGUUCCUAAAAGGAAUUUAGAGAAUUUAUCAAGAUCACAAGUUGCAGACUUCGAACGAAGCCGUAGAAAGAAGUUCGCUACUGUGAACUCACUGUAUGCAAGUAGCAGUAGUUUGAAACCUCGAACAAAAUAUAACGCUGACCACAUAAAUCAACAGGUGAGAACUACUGAAAGAAUUCCGAAACGCUACUCAACAGUACGUCAGAAUGUUACCAGCGGUAAGUCGUCAGUGGAAAAAAAUGAACGCCGAUCUAAUCCUGAAAACGAUGCCCCUACUAAGGAGAGAGAUUGUAUCAGUAAGGGAACUCACACAGAUCGCACAGAGACAGUUAUAGAAAACACUAGUGCUGAAUCCUCCCAUAUGCCCAGAGGAACCGCAGAGAACACGAACCAAACCCCAACUGAUAUGGUUAGUAAUACAAGUGUUGCUCAAGGAAAAGUACAAUGCGAAGCAGUAAGCUUCCCACUACAAUCAGUUCCAGUGACUCACUAUCAGCCGACCUUACAUUAUAGUCAACCUAUGCCGGUUCAGUAUCCAACCGUAAACCCUCAACUGCGAACAGUUUAUUUGUCGGAUGUCCUUCAGCAUGAUGCACACUUCCAGCCUCCGAACCCUAUGAUAUCCAACUAUAUGCUUCCAAAUACUCAGCCUCAAGUCCACAACGUAUACGCCAGCCAAAUGCAAAAUAUCAACUUCCCAGUACCAGUAGCGACUACUAUUUGUUUUGAUGGCGUGCCUUGCGGUAUCUCAAAUAAUCCUAAUCAUACCUACAUGAUACCUAUGGCCACAAAUGUUGCGGAGCCGUCAUGGAAUAGAGACCUGUUUUUGGCCGAAAAUCCUCAAAGAAUGCAUUGGUAGUGACAAUUUUAAUUGGUGGAACGAAAGUCCAACAGAUUACAUUUACAAAAGCAGUCACUACACAAUGCAGUCGUAUAUGUAGAUUUGAUAAAUAUACUGUAGAAUAAUUAAAAGUAAGACAUGUACAGCUGUUUUGCUACCGGCUUGUUACAAAAAGCUGGGAUAUAGCAGCCCUCUUACAGCAAAAUUUAACUCGCAGAUAUAACUUUCAAAAUUCUUAACACCUGGAUAAAAUGCUUUAUAUUUCUUAACAAAAUCGAAAAAUUACCUUUAUUAUAUUCAAUCUGCUUUAUAAAUACAAUUAUUGGAAG